AUUCUAAAGUAGUAAUAUUUUUCAGGACGACGGAGAAUUAAACGCCGUAUCCCGUGCUCUCGGGACAGCUUCAGGAUAAAACCCCGCUUGACUAUCCAUCCAAUCGCGCUCAGUACUCCUGUACUAGCAGAAGAGGGACUUGUAAAGAUGGAGCAAGAUGAGUCCCAGUCGCAGCAGCAGGUGGUUGUGAUCACCGGAUGCUCCAGCGGCGGCAUCGGAAACGCACUGGCACGCGCAUUCGGCGGCGAAAAGUGCCUCGUAGUUGCCACAGCUCGGUCGUUAUCUUCCAUGGCUGAUCUAGAUCACGAUAAUCCCAAUUAUCAUCUGGAGGAGCUCGACGUCUUAUCUGAUCAAAGUGUGAACGAACUUGUCUCCAGUGUUAUGGAAAAGUUUGGUAGAAUUGAUAUUCUGGUCAACAAUGCUGGUGUUCAGUGUGUUGCGCCUCUCGCUGAAAUUCCCUUGUCUGAACUUCAACACACUUUUGAUACUAAUGUCUUCGGUACCAUCAGAAUGGUUCAGGCCGUGGUCCCUCAUAUGGCAUCUAGAAAGAAAGGAAAGAUUGUGAACAUGGGUAGUGUGAUUGCUUUAGGUGCUGGACCAUGGGCAGGUGCUUACAGUGGAUCCAAAGCUGCAUUGCAUUCUCUGACUGAUACGUUAAGAUUGGAGCUCAGGCCUUUUGGGAUUGAUGUUAUUAAUGUUGUCCCAGGAGCUAUUAAGUCGAACAUUGGUAAUGCUGCUAUAGCCAACUAUAGUCGUAUGCCUGAAUGGAUAUUGUACAAGCCAUUUGAAGAAGCAAUCCGAAAAAGAGCCUACUUCUCUCAAAGCUCAAAGUCAACCCCUUCUGAGGAGUUUGCUAAUAAGGUGGUUGCUGCAGUCCUGAAGAAGAACCCGCCCGCCUGGUUUUCUUCUGGUCAGUUCUCAACGAUAAUGGCAAUUAUGUACCAUCUGCCGAUAUUUAUUAAGGAUUUCCUUCUGAAAAAGGCAAUGAAGUGUUGACGUCCUGUUAUUGGUUUUGUACACUAUAUGGUGGCACAAAAAAAGGAAGCAAUGCCCAAGAAUUUAUGGAACAAUGAUAGAGAUUAUUACGAGUAUAUUUUUUUUUUUUGGGGGUGGGGUCGGGCGGUCUAUAUAAAAUUAAGGUUUCAAUUCUCAUGUCCGGCGCAGAAAAUAGAAUUGACGGAACUCUAUAUUUCAUAAUAGUAUGAUGCACACAGCACACACAAUGGAAGGAAGUGAAUUGGUUUUUCCGCUUUUGCUUUCGUUCA